GCUCGGCUCAGGCUGCUGGGGACUGGAGGAGCAAAGCACUGGCUGUGAUGCCGCUGGAUGAUGGCUGCUUUCGGAAUCUUAAGUUACGAACACAGGCCAUUAAAAAAGCCCCGACUCGGCCCUCCGGACGUCUACCCCCAAGAUCCAAAGCAGAAAGAGGAUGAGUUGACUGCUCUAAAUGUGAAGCAAGGAUUCAACAACCAACCCGCUGUGUCUGGUGAUGAACAUGGCAGCGCCAGAAAUGUCAACUUCAACCCCUCUAAGAUCAGUUCAAACUUUAGCAGCAUCAUUGCGGAGAAGCUGCGCUGCUGCACCCUCCCAGACACAGGCAGGCGUAAACCACAGGUCAACCAGAAGGACCAUUUUUAUCUCGUCACAGCCAGGUCACAGAACGCCAUCAAUAACUUUUUUACGGAUUUAGCUGAAACUAAACCUCUAACACAGCUUGCAAAAAAGGUUCCAAUUUUUAGCAAAAAGGAAGAGGUCUUUGGGUACUUUGCUAAGUAUUCAGUACCUGUCAUGCGUUCAGCAUGGAUGAUCAAGAUGACCUGCGCGUAUCAUUUAGCUAUCACAGAAACUAAAGUGAAGAAGAGGCAUGCAAUCGAUCCUUGUAUAGAAUGGACCCAGAUUAUUACUAAGUACCUGUGGGAGCAGCUUCAGAAGGUGGCAGAAUUUUACAGACAGUUUCCGAAUCAAGGUUGUAGCUCACCCCCACCAGCCACUCCUGCGGAUGUGGACACAGCCAUGAAGCAGUGGGAGUACAAUGAGAAGUUGGCCAUGUUCAUGUUUCAGGAUGGUAUGCUCGACAGACAUGAGUUCCUGACGUGGGUGCUGGAGUGUUUUGAGAAGGUCCGACCUGGUGAAGAUGAGCUUCUCAGGCUUCUUCUUCCCCUUUUACUACAGUACUCAGGUGAAUUUGUACAAUCGGCUUACUUGUCACGAAGACUGGCUUACUUCUGCACACGUCGGCUCAACCUGAUGCUAAGUGAUGGGAGUCUGGGCCCCAGCACCGGGGGGCAUCCAGCCCAUGGCAUCCUGGCACAGCAAGGUAAUGCCCUGCCCCCCACACCGACCUCCCAGCCAGCUGGAGGGAACCAACCUCAGACCCCCUUCACGGAUUUUUACAUCUGCCCUCAGCACAGGCCUCUGGUGUUUGGCCUCAGCUGUAUGUUACAGAGCAUAGUUUUGUGCUGUCCCAGUGCUCUGGUGUGGCAUUACUCUCUAACAGAUAGCAGAAACAAGACUGGUUCCCCACUCGACCUUCUUCCCAUUGCCCCUUCCAGCCUGCCAAUGCCAGGAGGCAAUACUGCAUUUACACAGCAGGUCCGUGCAAAGCUGAGAGAAAUUGAGGAGCAAGUUAAGGAGCGAGGCCAGGCAGUCGAGUUCAGGUGGUCAUUUGAUAAGUGCCAGGAGACAACAGCAGGGUUCACCAUUGGAAGAGUACUUCACACCCUGGAAGUUUUAGACAACCACAGCUUUGAGAAGUCUGACUUCAACAACUCACUGGAUUCACUCUACAACCGAAUAUUUGGUUCAGGCCAGAGUAAAGAUGGUCAUGAGAUGUCACCAGAUGAUGAUGCAGUGGUGACCUUGCUUUGUGAAUGGGCGGUGUGCUGUAAGCGUUCGGGUAGGCACAGGGCCAUGGUGGUGGCCAAGCUGCUGGAAAAGAGACAGGCUGAAAUAGAAUUAGAGAGGUGUGGUGAAUCAGAGGUGGUGGAUGAAAAGGGCUCUGUAUCAUCUGGCUCCCUCUCAGCUGCUACGCUACCAGUUUUUCAAGAUGUACUGCUGCAGUUCCUUGAUACUCAGGCACCCACACUGACGGAGCCUGGGAAUGAAAGUGAACGAGUGGAGUUCUCCAAUCUGGUCCUGCUCUUCUGUGAGCUCAUCCGUCAUGAUGUCUUCUCGCAUAACAUCUACAUCUGCACACUAAUUUCCCGUGGUGACCUGGCUUCCGACUCCCACCUGCCGCGCCCGCGUUCUCCUAGCGACGAGCCCUCCGAUGAAUCAGAACGCAAGGAGCAGGACGCGGGCAGCAGUGUCAAGAUGGAGGACACUGGUCUGUCGGAGUCAAUGGAAAUUGAUCACAACUCCAGUGCUAAUUUUGAUGAGAUGUUCAGUCCUCCGAUGCACUGCGAGUCCAAGGGCACCCCCUCACCUGAGAAGCCUGCCGCUGAGCAGGACAGCAAAGCCGGCAUUAAGGACAAGGGCAUGGACCCUGCCUUCCCUCAGCUCUAUGAUCAGCCCCGCCACAUUCAGUAUGCCACCCACUUCCCUAUCCCCCAGGAGGAGAGUGCCAGCCACGAGUGCAACCAGCGGUUAGUGGUCCUGUACGGUGUGGGCAAACUGAGAGAUGAGGCGCGACACACCAUCAAGAAAAUUACCAAAGACAUCUUGAAGGUCCUCAACCGCAAAAGCACGGCAGAAACAGGAGGGGAGGAAGGACAAAAGAGAAAGAGGAGUAAGCCAGAAGCCUUUCCCACUGCAGAAGAUAUUUUCUCCAAAUUCCAGCACCUCUCCCACUUCGACCAGCACCAGGUCACCUCCCAGGUUUCCAGAAACGUGCUGGAACAGAUCACCAGCUUUGCCUUAGGGAUGUCUUACCACCUGCCUCUUGUCCAGCACAUUCAGUUCAUCUUUGACCUCAUGGAGUAUUCGCUCAACAUUAGUGGCCUCAUAGACUUUGCUAUUCAGCUUCUGAAUGAGUUGAGCCUGGUGGAAGCCGAGCUGCUGCUGAAGUCGUCCAGUUUGGUCGGCAGCUACACCACCAGCCUGUGUCUGUGUAUUGUAGCUGUACUAAGGAGGUACCACUCCUGCCUCAUUCUCAAUCCGGAGCAGACAGCGCAGGUUUUUGAUGGGUUGCGUAUUGUAGUGAAAUCAGGCGUGAACCCAGCCGAGUGUUCCUCCGCUGAGCGGUGCAUCUUGGCCUACCUGUAUGACCUCUACACUUCCUGUAGUCACCUCAAGAACAAGUUUGGCGAGAUCUUCAGUGAAUUCUGCUCCAAAGUGAAAAACUCCAUCUACUGCAACAUUGACCCAUCAGACUCCAACAUGCUUUGGGAUCCUGUGUUCAUGAUGGAGGCCAUCGCCAACCCCUCAGCCCACAACUUCAACCACUCCAUGGUGGGCAAAAUUCUCAACGACAGCCCCGCCAAUCGCUACAGCUUUGUCUGUAACGUGCUCAUGGACGUCUGUGUGGAUCACCGGGAUCCCGAGAGAGUGAACGACAUCGGGAUCCUGUGUGCAGAGUUGACAGCCUACUGUCGUUCCCUGAGCGCUGAGUGGCUUGGCAUCCUCAAAGCUCUCUGCUGUUCUUCUAACAAUGGCAACUGUGGCUUCAAUGACUUGCUGUGUAACGUGGACGUUAGCGAUUUGUCCUUUCAUGAUUCCCUGGCCACCUUUGUAGCCAUUCUUAUUGCGAGACAGUGCCUACUCCUAGAAGACCUGGUUCGAUGUGUGGCCAUUCCUUCCCUCCUCAAUGCAGCCUGCAGCGAGCAGGACUCUGAGCCAGGAGCCAGACUCACCUGCCGGAUUCUGUUGCACCUUUUUAAGACGCCGCAACGCAACCCUUUCCCCCAAGACGGAGUGAAGUCAGAUAAAUCUUCAGUCGGUAUCCGGUCGUCUUGCGAUCGUCAUCUUCUCGCUGCUUCUCAGAACAGCAUAGUUGUUGGAGCAGUAUUUGCUGUUCUCAAAGCUGUCUUCAUGCUGGGCGAUGCUGAGCUAAGAGGCUCCGGACUGUCGCACCCCGCUGGCCUCGAUGACAUAUCUGAAGGGCGAAAUGUCUCCAUAGAAACAGCCAGCUUAGAUGUUUAUGCAAAGUAUGUUCUGAAGACGAUCUGCCAACAGGAGUGGGUUGGAGAGCGCUGCCUCAAGUCUCUGUCUGAGGACAGCAGUGCCCUCCAAGACCCUGUGCUGGUGAACAUUCAGGCCCAGCGGCUGCUGCAGCUUAUUUGCUAUCCUCACCGUCAGCUGGACAGUGAUGAUGGUGACAACCCUCAGAGGCAGCGCAUUAAACGCAUCCUGCAGAACAUGGAUCAAUGGACGAUGAGGCAAUCGUCUCUGGAGCUGCAGUUGAUGAUCAAGCAGAGCACAAACAAUGAGCUUUACUCACUUUUGGAGAACAUAGCCAAGGCCACUAUUGAGGUGUUUCAAAAAUCAGCUGAGAUGAAUUCCAGUAAUCUAUCAGGGAAUGGAGCAGCAGCUCAGGGUGGUUCAGCAUCCAACAACAGCAGCAUCCCAAGCAAAAUGAAACCUAUUUUAAGUUCAUCGGAGCGGUCAGGGGUUUGGUUGGUGGCUCCGUUGAUAGCCAAGCUGCCCACGUCAGUACAGGGCCAUGUUCUGAAGGCAGCAGGUGAGGAGCUGGAGAAAGGACAGCAUGUGGGCUCUUCAUCACGAAAAGAGAGAGACAGACAAAAACAGAAAAGCAUGUCACUGCUGAGCCAGCAGCCGUUCUUGUCUUUGGUGCUGACCUGCUUGAAAGGACAGGAUGAACAGAGGGAAGGCCUCCUCACCUCUCUCUACAGCCAAGUUCAGCAGAUUGCUACCAACUGGAGAGAAGACCAGUACCAGGAUGACUGCAAGGCAAAGCAGAUGAUGCACGAGGCUCUGAAGUUGCGCCUGAAUCUUGUGGGUGGCAUGUUUGACACGGUGCAGCGCAGCACCCAGCAGACCACUGAGUGGGCAGUGCUACUGCUUGACAUCAUCAGCAGUGGCACAGUGGACAUGCAGUCCAAUAAUGAGCUCUUCACAACAGUCUUAGACAUGUUGAGUGUGCUGAUUAAUGGCACAUUGGCUGCUGAUAUGUCCAGUAUCUCUCAGGGAAGCAUGGAGGAGAAUAAGAGAGCUUAUAUGAACCUGGUCAAAAAGCUCAGGAAAGAGCUUGGAGAUCGGCAGUCAGAAAGUUUGGAAAAGGUUCGUCAGCUUUUGCCACUGCCAAAGCAAACCCGUGAUGUCAUAACCUGUGAGCCUCAGGGCUCUUUAAUAGACACAAAGGGUAACAAGAUUGCUGGCUUUGAGAAGGAGGGCCUUCAAGUGUCCACCAAACAGAAGAUUUCUCCCUGGGAUGUUUUUGAGGGGCUCAAACACUCCGCCCCUCUCUCCUGGGGCUGGUUUGGUAUGGUGCGGAUGGACCGCAAGGUGGCUAAAUUUGAGGAGCAGCAGCGUUUUUUGCUCUACCACACCCACCUGAAGCCCAAACCUCGAAGCUACUAUCUGGAGCCACUUCCCCUGCCCCCUGAGGAGGAGGAGCCCCUCACACCUGUCUCCCAGGAACCAGAGAAGAAAAUAAUGGAAGCAGUGAAACCAGAGAAGAAUGUACCUAAUGUGCCCACAGACACAAACAAGAAGAAACCCAACAAGAAGAAAAAGACUUCCACAUCCGCCAAGACAGAGGACUACAUGAACCGUAACCCAGGUGCUGUGAGUUAUGCGACUAACAUGCCACCUGAGCUGAUGCAGAACCACCCCUAUGGCAGGAUGCCCUACAGCCAGCAAAGCGUCAUUUACACACAGAAUCAGCCUCUACCUCCAGGUAAGAGCUCAGGAGAAACACUAACCUAUACAUGUCAUGUCACUGUGGUUUAUGUCCGUCCACCUGUUUCCCCCACAGGUGGUCCAGGUCUAGAACCUCCUUACAGACCUCCCCGCAACCAGCAGAUCAAAGUGAUGCCCACUCGACCCACCUAUCCUGGCAUGAUGCCCAGCAUGCCCGGCAUGAUUGGACUGGACAAUAAAUACCCAGUGGGUUACAAACCCCAGCCUAGCAACCCUAUACCACAGGGUCAGAUGCUGCGUCAUCAGCUACAGGUCAGACUGAAUCAGAGCAUAAUAGCGAUGAGACAACCACCCAACCAACAAUACACGCCUAUGCAGGCAUCUCAGGGCUAUACCACAUAUGGAACUCCAUUGGGGAUGCAGCAGCAUCAACCCCAAGGUAGUGGUAUAGUUUCUUCCUCCUAUGGGAACCAAAGCUUCCAGGGCACCCAUCCUGGAGCCAACCUGGCUGUGGUGGAUCCUCUUAGGCAAAUGCAGCCCAGGCCCAGUGGUUACGUUCACCAGCAGGCCCCAGGCUAUGUACACAACAUGCAGAACACACCGAGGUUUGCCCACCAGCCCCCCCAGCAGACUCCAAUCAUGCAUGGUCUUGGUCACAUUGGAGGCCAGGGCAUCCACCCAGGCAUGAGGCCCAACCAGAUGCUGGCAGAACAACAACAGCAGCAGCAACAACAACAAGCAGCACAGCAGCAGCAACAGCAACAGCAACAACAACAGCAACAGCAGCAGCAGCAGCAGUACCUCAGACAGCAAGCAGCAAUCAGACAGCAGCAACAAGUUCAGCAACAGCAGCAACAGCAGCAACAGCAACAGGUCCAGUCACAGCAGGUUCCUCCUCAGCAGCAGGUUACACAACAACAGCAGCAACAGGUCUCAGCAGUGCCACCACCAGGUCAGGCACAGAACCAAGGCCUGGGCAUGCAGCCACUGCCCCCACAGCAACCCAUGUUUCCACGACAGGGAAUGCAGCAGACUCAGCAGCAGCAGCAGACAGCAGCUCUAGUCAGGCAGCUGCAACAGCAACUUUCAAAUCAACAACCAGGACAAGGCACCAACUCAUAUUUCUGAUUGUGAUUGUUGUGGUGGUAGUAUGCAGAGAAUUAGACCCUCAUUAUGUGUGAAGGCUCGGCUCUGUAGAUUGAACGUAUGCAGCCUUGUUUAAGAUGGUAAAAAGGAAACCUGUUCAAGGCACAAAGGACCACAAAACAGAUGAACUUAACUCCAUGUCGACCACUAAGGCAACAAUCAGAAAACAUUGUCAGUUGUAUAAUUAUGGAUUAUUAAACGCUAGAUCCUGCUCUAAAGCAGACAGAUAAUGAUUAAUUAUGGGAAAAUUCUAUGUAAGAAAAGUACCAGAAACUAUAAGAAUAAUGCAAUUUUUUAUUUUAUUUCAAUUUGUACAAUUUUUUCAGUUUCGUGUAUUUCUCAUUAAAAAAAUCAUGUCA